AUGAGACCCCCUAUCUACAUCUUCAAAGUCAGCAUUCCAUUCAACACCAGCGCUGCAGAGUGGGGUGCCAGGAUGAGGGUUGUCAUAGUGAUCCUCGUUUUACAACUAUGUGUUGGACUGACGUCUGCACUUUAUUUGGCAAAAAACUUUCAAACCAUAUUACGAAUCAGCAGAUCGAAACCAGUCACAAUAGAAGAUAUCGAGGCAGAGAUGGCGGACUGGCUUAACUGGUUACAAGUGAAUUAUCCGGGUCAAAUAAAUGGAUACCAGAACCUUGAAGUGAUCAGAACUCGAAGAGGAAUGGAUAUUCAGUUUGAACUUAUGUAUGAAGACACAAUUGAGGACCUAUCUAUCUUCUUCAAUCAGGCGUAUGAUGCAUAUAAUAAAUUCACAAUAUUUACAACAUUUCCUGGCUUUAGAGAAUUGGAGUAUGUCUCCUUAUUUGGAGACCCGCACCUGACAUUGAUGUUUGGUGAAAUCAAACUGUGCAUUGACACUAAAGAGGGCUUGAAUGAUAUUCUGUCCCUCUACCACAGACCAGACUUAGAUGUCAUACUAAAUGUUGAUUUCGAUGCUGAUAAAAAUGAACAUCGUAAGGAACCUGGUCAGAUGAAAUGGAUCCAAGAUGUUGCCUACUUAUCUCCUGAGAUUAAUAUCAUCACCAAUAAAAAUAACAUCGAGGUUCACAACAAUACAGGGGACAUAAGUAGUACUAAACUGAAAUGGGCCAAAGAUGAAAGUUUUGAGAUUGGAAAUACAUUUGUCAACAUUGGCGAUAGAAAAAUGGUUAUCUAUCGCUUUCCUAACAAUGAAUCAAUGAAACCUGAUAUCAAUAUUGAAAUCUCCAAGCCAGGAGCGGGACUGAACAUACACAUCCUGAAUGAUGACAUGGGCGCAGAUGCUGGCUUCAUUGCCACCCUAAAGAGUCACAUAGCUGAUGUUGUUACUGCAGAAGAUGAGGGAACACUCACAACUGAUUUUGGACAGGAUAUAACACUGGAGAACUACAAGGAUCAAUGCUGGAAAAUACCUAAUGGUGGAAUUGAUGUCUUCCCUAAUAAUGACUUUAAUGAUUUCUUCAUGGCUUGUCUAGAGUGCAAAGAACCAAAGGCAUUGGCUCCAGAAAAUCCAUAGAAUAAUGAGAACUAAAUCGCUAGCAUAAGAAAAUAUUUUAAAAUAAUGACUUUGUAUUAUAUCAAUAAUAGAAUACGUACAUAUCAAUGGGACCAUCCGUGAACCUUAUAUCCUACAGGAAGAAUUGUAUCCUUUAUUUAAUCGCUAUGGGAACAUGCCUCUUGUUUAAACUAAGAACGUUUUUCAUAAAUUUGGUAAAGGUAAAUUUCAAAAGGUUAGCAUGUACAGUAGUUAAAAGUUCAAAUAAAUUUUUGGGGCAAAUGGUGAUGUUUGAGUUAAUAUUAAAAUAAACUGACUUAAAGUUUGAAAUGCUUGGCAUCAAAGAAUAUUGAGCAUAAAUAGGAUUUUUUCCAAUGUGACCCAUCCCAUGAUCCCAAAUUAUUAUCUGAAUUAUUGAAAGGAACAUAUAUAAGUGAAAUUGAAGAUUUAAGAUGUUGAUAUUUUCAAAUUCUAUGGAAUUGAAAAAUUGGACUGUAUUAUUGCCUAAAACAAUGACAUUUUUUGAAAUUAGAACAAAACUCUUAGAGGCUUUAGAACAAAGGUAUGACAAGGAAUGACCUGAACCAAAGUAAUGUAAAUAUGUGGCAAUUCUUAAAAAUAUACUCUCAACUCCUAGUUACUCUAAUAACUUUAAUAAUAUGUUGUUUUCCACUAAGAGCAGAUGUAAUUGAUUAACUAUUACAUUAACAUGUAUUCAUGAUGCCUUGCAUCGAACAAGAGAAACACAGAUACAUUUUACAAAUAGCUCAGUACUCUAAGUCCUUUCAAGGUUUUAUUUACAUUAUAAUUAAGCCAAUCAAUCAUUUAUUCGAAAUUAUAUUUGCCUGAUUAGGAUCGAUGAGAUUGGACAAAUCAUGGAUCUUAAUGAUCUCAUCCAGAUGGCAUGUGAAAAAAAUUGAGACUUACUUCCAAUUUUGAUAUUUUAUCUUAUGGAUACAUGUUUUUAAUUAUGACAAAUAACUAGACAUAAAGUUCAGCCUAUAAGUGAAAGUAUUUUAAACCCCAAAAAACUGGUUGAUUCAUUAAAGGAGAAACAACAUCUUGAUUGAAAUUCCUAAUAAAAUGGAUGAAUCACAUUAUUUCUUUAAAACCUUUACGAAAUGUUACAAGGAUGAUUUACUAAAAUACAUAUUGUGAUUCCUACCAGCUGAUGCAUUCAUACACAUUCCACACAAUAACGGCUUUUAUGGCCUUAUAAAUCGAAUAUUAAUUUAAAUUAACAUAUAAAUUCAUGUUAUUGAGAAUAUUGUAAUAAGUUGUGAUUGAAAUAGUAAGCAUUGAUUGACUUUUAGGUGUUCCCUGUACUGUUUAGAAAAGCAUUUAUAUCUGAGGUAGGAUAACAGAAUGACAGACUGAGAGUGAACAAGGGGUGAUCAAUAAAUUUCACAAAUGAUGGCCUAAUUCAUGUCACUUGGUGGAGGUAUAGGACAUACAUUCCUUAUUAUACCCUGGGAAUUUACUGAUCGACCUUUGUACAGUAGUUAUGUUAUUUUAUAAAAGUAUGAAUCUCUUUCUACAACAUUGGAUUAACAGACCUCCUUCUCUCUAUCAGUAUUUUUCUCUUUGAAUACCCCCUAGCACUCCUAACCUGAAGUCUGCAUUUCAAAUACCAGCUGGUACAUGUAUAUACUAACUAACCAUAUAUUAGAGAGAGCUAUGUGUUUGUUCUUAUGAGAAAUUAUAAUAGUAAUUUGCUUAAUGGUUAUCAAGAUAUUGUGGGUUUACAUUUAUGUAUAAUGACUACCUUCUAUGUAUAUCAUACGUUCAUGGUAUGUACAGUGCAAUAUAUAAUAAUCAUACAAUAUGGGAUGCAUUUUAUAAUUUUUCAUGAUAUAGUGAUUUUAUAUACAUACGAUAUUGAGUAUAACUUUAAUUUAAAUAGGCUGUAUUCUGCACCUCCAGUACAACCAUAGUGCACCCUUCUUAUAAAUUCAAAAAGAGUAUCUAAUAAUAUACUUAUACUUCUAAAUAUGAUUUCAAUGUUACUGCAAAAAUAUGUCCAACAAUUUCAUUGAUUAUAUAGAUGCUUGUUCAGACAAAUUAAAUAAAAUAUUGCACAUUAAAAAGUAAAAACCCAUAACGACAAAUAAAUACUUAACAAAAAAUAAGUUAGACAUUAGACUGUCUUCGUCAAAACCAAAGUGUUCAACAUGUAAACUCAAGGGAUUAUUAAUAAUAAAUUUAAAUAACUAAUAAUUCCAAGUAGAAUUAAAUUUGUUUGUAAAACAUUAAUGUUACUAUGGCAACAACACAUAAAUAAUAAAAACACAGGGGUUUGGAAACAAUUAUAUAGAUUACAGCAAACUUUUUU